AUGGCGCAGCGAUUCCUAGACUUGCAGACCGAGACGGCGGGACUCAGUCCCCGAAGGGAGGACCUCUAUUUCCCGCAGGGACAGGUCGAGGGGGCAGAGCGAGCUCUCUGCCCCUUCCCUCCCCAUCCGCUACCCGGCGAGGAGCGGCGCGGCCCGGGGCAACCUGCAGACAGCGAGGCUUGGUCGGCAGACACCUCCAUGCUGGGCAACACCAUGGACUGCUGGCCUGAGUCGUACCCGAAGCCAUCGUCCCGUGAGCCUGUCGUAGCUGAGGCCGACCAGACUGAGGAUGGCACCAUAGCCUCGUGUUCUCAGCAUGAAGACAACGCCCACAACUUGGUGUCGGGAGCCGACUCCUGGAACGGUUUGCGUUGGCUCGGGGCGAGGCCGGAAUCCUGGGUGGACGCGGCCAAGGAGAACGGCUCCAACACGGGGCAGCAGCAGCAGCAGCAGCAGACGGUGUCGAAGAGGACCAAGGGGCGCACCACCUUCAGCGGCGACCAGCUGCGAGUCCUGCAGCAACGCUUCCACCUGCAGCGUUACGUCUCCGCAUCCGAGCGGCAGGAGCUGGGACAUGUGCUGGGGAUGAGCAGUCAACAGGCAGUUCCAGCUGCCCAGGGUGAUCUCACACCUUGGAGGUGUUGCAUUUCUGAGCAUUGUUGUGCCUGGCCUUGGAAUCUGUACCUGGCUGCUUGUACCUGCAGAAUCCUUUGUUAUGCAGCCCACCUUGAGGACGUGUGA